CCCCGUCCACACUGGCAAGGCACGUACAGCGCUGUAUCUCCAGGGCUACAGCGCUACUGGUACUCCACCUCCCCAAGAGGAAUAAAGAGUAUUGCGCUGCAGCGCCAGUAUGGCUGCCCAAUGCGCUCUGAUUGCCCUCCAGAAGUAUUUGGCAGUAUCCCACAAUGCCUGUUCUAGCCACUCUGGUCAUCAGUUCGAACUCUACUGCUCUGGCCUCUGGUGACCAACCUUCAGACCCUCCCUUUAUAUUCCCCGGAAUUUUAAAAAUCCCCUUCCUGUUUGCUCAGCCAGGCGUGGAGUGCUAUCAGCGAAACUUUCCAGGUGACCAUCCCUCCACGCGCCAAGCGAGCUCCAGUAUGGAGCAAUGGCGAGUUGCUGGACCUUAUCAGUGUUUGGGGGGAGAAAGCUGUCCAGUCCCAGCUGCACUCCAGCCGUAGGAAUUUUGAUACCUUCGGGCAGAUAUCAGGGGCCAUGACCGGGACGCACUGCAGUGCAGGAUUAAAGUGAAGGAGCUGCAGAAUGCCUACCACAAAGCCCGUGAGGCAAACGGCCACUCAGGUGCUCCCCCCCGCGACCUGCCGAUUCUACAAAGAGCUGGAUGUGAUACUUGGGGGUGAUCCCACUACCAUGGACACUUCAGAGUGGGGGGAGGAGGAAGAAAGUGGGAGUGAGGGUGCUGGGGCAGGAGGAGACUCCCCAGAAUCCCUGGAGGCAUGCAGCCAGGAACUCUUCUUGAGCCAGGAGAAAGAUGGCCGCAGCGACUGGCUGUUACUUGUUGGAGGACAAACAGAAGAGCAGGUUCCCGAUGCAACCUUGAGAUCUCAGCUGUCCGUGUUAUCACCGGCUGAGAGACUACAAAAACUCCGGAAGAGACCGCGAAAAAGCAAAGAAGACAGGCUGCAAGAAGUGAUGCAUCAAUCUCUUAAAGAGAAUCAAAAAGUGCAGGAGUGGAGGGAGAGCGAAAGCAGGAUCCGCCUGGAAAACGCAGCGCACCGGUGGCGAAGCACGGAGCACUGGCAGCAAAGCACGGAUCAGCUGAUAAGCAUCAUGGAGCACCAAGCGGACUCUAUUCAUGCGCUCGUAGCCAUGCAGGUGGAGCAGUACUGUGCCUGCCCUCCCUCCCCCGCAGCCCUUGUCCCAAAACUCUUGUGCCCCCAUGUCACCUCCAACCCACUUUCCCCAACAUCCGUGUUCUUACCGCCACCAGCUGCCUCCAACACCUGUAUCUUCACCACCUAGCCCUGAAAACUACGACCCUUACCCUCUGCACUCAACCCCCAUCACCAUGCAGUAUAGCCAUCCUGAAGUGCAGCACUCAUUGCACAGCACUCCAGACAGGACAUACGCAAAUCUGUGAUUGUACCAUUCCCCACCCCACCCCAUCUCACCCCUUUGCCCUUUCUGAUUCUCAAGCAGUUGUGUUUUUUUCAAUAAAUGCAUUUUCUUUUCAAUAAAUGGAUUUUUUGGCUU